AGGGUUUCUUCCUACGUUAUCCAUUUCUAAACCGCGAGGGUUUCUCACCCCUCUCCUCUUCUCUCUCUUUGCUCCACUCUCUUCAGCUCGUCCAAGAUGAAUGUAGAGAAGCUUAUGAAGAUGGCUGGUGCAGUUCGCACCGGUGGAAAGGGUAGCAUGAGAAGGAAGAAGAAGGCUGUCCACAAGACAACAACCACAGAUGACAAAAGACUUCAAAGCACACUGAAGAGAAUAGGGGUGAAUGCAAUACCUGCCAUUGAGGAAGUCAACAUAUUCAAGGAUGAUGUUGUUAUCCAGUUUGUAAAUCCAAAAGUCCAAGCUUCUAUUGCCGCAAACACUUGGGUUGUCAGUGGAUCACCUCAAACAAAGAAGUUGCAAGAUAUUCUUCCAGGAAUUAUUAAUCAAUUGGGACCAGAUAACUUGGACAACUUGAGGAAGCUGGCAGAACAGUUCCAGAAGCAUGGUCCUGGUGCUGGCGCGGAUGCUGCUGCAGCCGCAGCUGCAGCUGCCACACAGGAAGAUGACGAUGAUGUCCCAGAAUUAGUAGCUGGCCAGACCUUUGAGGCAGCCGCAGAGGAGGGCCAUACUUCUUAGGCUCUUUAUGAAUUUUGUGCAAUCUCUUAAUAUUUUCCUAUGUAUUUUGGGAUCCUUUUUUGUUUUCAUUUGAAGUGUUCCAAUCGAUGUUUUACUGUUGACAUACCUAGAAAGCUUUACUUGGAUGCUUGAAUCAGCAAAAACCUAACCAUUUCCAAGUCAAA